AUGACAGACUCGUUUGGGUCGAAUGUGCUGCAACACGCGCUGGAGGAGUUCGUCGCGUCCAUCCGGGACGUGAGGCUCACCCAGGCCUUCUCAUUCGUUACAGCCACGAUUGUCAUCUACGACUACCUGGUAUGCAUUGAGCGGGAAAUUGAGUUGAUCUGGAAGAAGCGGUGGUCUGCGAUCAAGCUCGCCUUUCUCUGGCACCGAUACUUUGGCCUGAUAGUCGUCUUGUUCCAAGCAUACGGUCAGAUCUUCUUCUCACGCGGCUCGCACGAUCCUCAAUGUGCAAAUGACAGCUCUCAACUCGUCCGUCAUCAACGACCGACUGCAUCACAUCUCCGCGGGUGCCGGCGGAUGUUGACAAACCUCCAUGGCUUCAGCUGUUCCUUCUGGUUUUACUGGGAAACAUGGGGCUAUUGCAUUGUCCUCUUCACCACCGAAGCUGUCCUUCUACUAUGGAUCUACAUCGUCUACAACAAGAAUCGAUAUAUCCUAGCGCUCAUGAGCAUCUGCUACCUCGGCGAGGUUGGCUCAGUUGUAGCGAUUCUGACCAUCUCCUUCCAAGACUAUCAGGCACGAGCAUACGGAAUUCCGGGUGGAGAAUACUGCGUACUCACCCGGGUCGGCUCGCCAUUCCCCCUUCUUUGGGUGCCGAUUCUUGCGUACGACACACUGCUGCUCGUUCUAUUCAUCUACCGCGGAUGCGCCGGAGCCUCGCCUGCCCCGCGGUGCCGGCUCGCAUACCGUUACGAUAGCCUUCUGGACAUGAUCUAUAGGCACUCGCUUCUCAACUUCCUUGCCAUUUUCGCAUCCUACUUGACAUGCGCCGUUAUUUGGCUCAAGGGCGACCUCGGGUCGUACCAGGCCCCGGUUGGGUUCGCGGUUUCGCUCAGCAUCACGAACUAUGGUCCUGCGCAGUUGCCGUACACCCCCCUCCCCAUGCAAGCCGAGGAAUCAGACGACACCCUGAAACAUACUCUCCGCCGCCCCCAUCGUCCCACGCGUCCGGCCACGCUCCUUCUGCUCGACGUCCGUCGUCCGGCUGCCAUCCCCCUCAGCCCGCUCUCCCCACGCACACCCAUGUCAUGCGUUCGUCUGUCGGGUUCGACGCUCCGCGCGCUUUCUCCACCGCACACGCCGCCCGCGCUCCUCUCUCCGCUCUGGCCACACACACCUCCUGGCUCGCUCCGCGACAUCUCUUUCCCGCCAUCUCCUCUGCCCCCACAUUCGCCUCUCUCGCCCACACACCUAUACGCGCACAGCCCGGCGAGCACGCUCCGCGCCCACGCGCUCGGCACGGUGUACGAGGCGGGGCCUAGCACUGGCACCGCGAGCGUGCUCACACUCGCGUCCACGGAAACACUCCACGCGACACCCGAGGCGGCCCCGCGGCACGCGCACGAGUAUGUGCGCGCGGCCGAGCGCGUCGUGGGAGCGCGUGUGCCGCCGGAUGGCCUCGCGCUAUUGCCACCGUCGCGGACGCGCUUAGGCGCCUGGGCGCACGCCAGACUCGUAGUAGGAAUGGAGAUCUUCUUUGGAGAGGCGGUGUAA